UACGACUUCUGCAUUUAACUUUGGCGUCCGUUUCUGUACAACUUUCUUUUUAUAUAUAUAUAAACUGCAUUAUUUUAUAUGGCUUCAACAUAAUAAUUCAACUCAGCCUAAGAGCGUCACCUGCGUCAGAAUAAUAUACAGAUUUAUUUUCUCGCUCAUCAGGUAGGUGUGAUUACAUAGUGCUCGAGCCACUGUGCACAUGCAUGGCUGACAUUUGAAAGUGAGGGUUUUGUUCCUGUAAGAGAGACAUCGGUCUGUGCUGAAGAUGGAAGCCAAGAUGCAUAUGAAAGAGUGGCUGAUAGCUCAGAUAGAGAGUGGCAAAUAUGAAGGACUGUGCUGGGAGGAUGAGGAGAAGACUAUGUUCAGGAUCCCGUGGAAGCACGCAGCCAAGAAGGACUACAAGCAGACGGAGGACGCAGCUCUCUUCAAGGCCUGGGCUGUAUACAAGGGCAAGUACAGGGAGGGGAGGGAUAAAGCCGACCCCACCAUGUGGAAGACACGUCUCCGCUGCGCCCUCAACAAGAGCACAGACUUCCAGGAGGUCCCUGAACGCAACCAGCUGGACAUCACUGAGCCAUAUAAAGUCUACCUUAUCCAGCACGACAAUGGGUCAGCCAGGCCAGCAGAGUUGCCCAAAUUAAAAGAUCAAGUGAUCAUCCAGACUAAGCGAUCUGCAAAGAGCCCCAGUAUCCUGGACAAACAGCCUCAUUGUCAAAAGGAAUCACUUCACGCAAAUAAAGAAGAAGUAAAACAAUUGCCUGAUGAUCUGAUGAGGGAGCACAUGUACUGUGAGCUCACUGGGAAAAAAACUCCUCUAACCUUCAUUAGCCCGACACUGACUAUAUCAGACUUCCGUAUGCAGGUGGUGUUGUUGUACCUCGGCCAGAGGUUGAUAAAAGUGACCACCAGCAGCCCAGAAGGGUGCUUCAUCCUGCAGGGCCGCGUCCCCUUGGGAAACGAGCAGAUCUACGGGACCUGCACGGCCCAGCAGCUCUCCUUCCCUUCCCCAGGCUCCGUAUCGCUGCCGUCAUGCAUGGCCGAAGCAAUGAACCGCCUUCUCUGUCACCUGGAGAGAGGUGUGCUAUUAUGGGUGGCCCCAGAUGGGGUGUUCAUCAAGCGGUUCUGCCAGGGCAGGGUGUACUGGAGCGGUCCCAUGGCCCAACACACUGACCGGCCCAACAAACUGGAGCGAGAAAAGACCUUCAAACUGCUUGAUAUACCCACAUUUCUCAAUGAGCUCCAGAGCUGUUUACAGGGGAAGGGACCGACACCUUCUUAUGAGAUUGAGCUCUGCUUCGGAGAGGAGUAUCCAGACCCCAUCGUCCCUAAAACCAAGAAGCUGAUCAUGGCGCAGGUGGUGCCCUUGUUUGCAGUGGAGCUGCUGCAGAGGUUCAACUUGGGAGAGACUGAAGAGAUUCAGCGGCCGGUUCUCACCUCCAACACAGAGGGAGAGAAGAUGUAGGAGGACAGGGAAAGCUACCCUGCAGCACGGUAGCCAUGAACAAUAUACAAGUGGAUUACUGAAGCUUUAUUCCUGCCCUGUCAUCACCAAGAAAGACAUCCUAAGAGCAAAGCAAACAAUACAGAGUAUCGUCAGUGAUAAUGUAUAUAUGAUGAUGAUACGAUGGAGGUGUUGAUUUGUAGACCUUUGCGCAAUACAUAAAAGGAAAUUCUUGAUCAUUAUUUUUUACCUUUUGUUUCCUGUUCAUCAUGCAGCUAACUGGCAAGAGCUAUCAGCUUUUGUUCAGCUAAAAAUGUUGUUUGACCCAAUAUGACAUGCUGAUAAUAUUCUACUAAUGGAAAAAAAGGCAGUUGUUUUUUUUUAACCUCACGCUAAGCAUCUGUACUAAAUGAUAAUUUAAGUGAUAAUACUUUUUACCACAUGCGGAGAAUAAAUUCACACCUGUAAUUAAA